AUAAAAUAAGACAAAAUCAAUAAAUAAAAAAAUUUUAUUUAUUUAUUGCCGAUAUACCUUCCCCUCCAACCUGCAUCCAGAGUUGUGCAAAAAUGAAGAAGUUCUCAACAAUUCAGAGCCAGUUGUCUCCCGGCCUGGCGAAAAUAACACUGCCUUCUUCUUCACUUUUUCGCAGAGCUUCAGCGCAAGAGUUUUCGACACAACAUAAGGAAAGUUCUGAGAUUUUGGGGAAGGCGAGGUCGGAUGCGGAAGAAUUUGUUAGGCAGGCGAAAGAGAAGGCUGCAUCGCUGAAGGAGACUGCAGGUGAAGUGAUUGAGGAUGCGAAGGAGUCUGUUAGUCGGGGGGACGAAGCUGGUAAAGAGAAGCUUAAGGGGAAGGAAGAAAAUGUGAAUCGUGAUUGAGUUUUUUUUUUUUUUUCUUUUUUUG